ACAACAGAUUUAAUGUUUAUCUCUAUUGUUGGGGUGCAUGGAGAGAGUUCUAGGCAGUGUCUUGGAGAUUACUUUGCGGCUGGGUCUCUCUGAUUUUGUUCAGGUCAAUUAUUAUGACGUCUGCAGUAAAGAAGACCUCGGAGAUCUCCUACUGGUUCGUUUGUGCAAGGAGAAGACUUUAUUAAUAGAGACUCCCUGGUGCGUACACAGUGUGACGGUGAUCGGUCCAAGUGGCAAGACCAACAAGUUCCCUUGUUACCUUGAGUUCUAUGGAUUCACAAUCUUGGAGAUCCCAGAAGGGAAAGGGAUAAUCUUGAAAGAUGAUAUAAACCCUGUCAUUCUACAGCAGAGAAAAGUCGAACUAGAGAGGAAUAGAGAACUUUAUAAGUGGAUAGCUUAUAAGGAAGGUACUCCUUACAGUACUGAAGUGGAAGAAGACUAUGACCGAUAUUGGAUGCAGAAAUCCACCAGCUUUGGCUAUACCGUGGCCUCAACAUAUCUGGAUACAGAGCUUAAAGACUUCAUAAAGUGUGAAGAUGCAUGGACUGAUCUGAAUGAUAUCAAGAAAGUCUUGUACUUUGAAAAGUCCCAUAGCUCCGAGAUGGUAUCUCAAAUGUGGAAGGAGGAUACUUUCUUUGGCUACCAGUAUCUGAAUGGACCAAAUCCUGUAACUAUCCAGCAAUGUCUCCAAAUCCCUGACAAUUUCCCUGUGGAUGAAGAGAUGGUGGCUGCAUCUUUGGGAACAUCCACAAACCUCCAGACUGAACUAGAGAAUAGAAAUAUCUUCCUAGCAGACUAUAAGAUUCUAGAUGGAGUCCCUGCCAAUACCAUUAAUGGCAAACCGCAAUACCUCACUGCUCCUCUGUGCCUUCUGUGGAAAGAUUCUAAGGAUCAACUCGUCCCAAUAGCCAUCCAGCUGGGUCAAACACCUGGACCUCAAACCCCUAUCUUUCUACCAAAUGACCCAGAGUGGGACUGGACGCUUGCCAAGAUAUGGGUGCGCAAUGCUGAUUUUCAGGUGCAUCAAGUGAGGUUUCAUAUACUCCUCACCCACCUGCUUACUGAGGUAUUCUACAUUGCAACCUGCAGACAACUUCCUAUGGGACAUCCAGUAUACAAGCUCAUUAUCCCUUACCUUCGUUUUAUCUUGGAAAUAAAUCCCCUUGUUAGAAGUCAACUUAUCGGUCCAGGAGGCCUUUUUGACCAGACUGUUGCUAUUGGAAAUGAAGGAUUGCCAGUUCUCCUAAGAAAAGCAACAGAAGACUUGACUUACAGCUCCCUGUGUCUCCCUGAUGAUAUCCAAACCAGAGGAAUGGAGGCUAUCCCAAAUUACUAUUAUAGAGAGGAUGGUAUGAAGAUAUGGUCUGCCGUGGAGAGACUUGUAUUUGACAUUGUUCAAUACUAUUAUAAGAACGAUGAUCAAGUGAGUGGAGACCCUGAACUACAAGCCUGGGUGGCAGAAAUCUUCACAAAAGGCUUCAUGAAGAGGGAAUCCACAGGAAUCCCAUCUUCCCUGGGGACCCGUGAUGAGCUGAUUAAAUACCUGACCAUGGUGAUCUUCACAUGUUCUCCACAGCAUGCUGCCUUUAGCAGCGGGCAGUUUGACUUCUACUCCUGGAUGCCUAACUCUCCGUCAUCCAUGAGGCAGCCACCUCCCACAGAGAAGGGUGCCACAUCCUUACAGACCAUACUGGAUGCUUUACCAGAAGUUAAUACAACCACCACAGCAAUAACCAUGGUUUGGCUGCUCAGUCAUGAACCUGAUAUGAGAUCUUUGGGAAAUUGUCCAGACAUCCAUUUUAUAGAGGAAAAGCCCCAGGAAUUCAUGAAGGAAUUUCAUACAAGGUUGGGGAAUAUUUCCAAGCAGAUUCAAGAAAGGAGCAAGAACCAGACCUUAACUUACCUGUAUAUGGACCCAAUGCAUAAAUUCGGAACCAACACCAAAAGGCCAAUUGAACAAGUGAUGGAUGUCUAUCAAUGAUACAAGAGAAAGGCCUAUACAACAUUAUUUAACCAGGACCUCCUAGUG